AUGCUAUGCGGCCACAAUGUGGCUGGCCACAUGGUGGUAUUUCUGAAAGAUUUGCUCAGAUUGUUUAAUAUUUAUAGCAAUCGUCAGGGUUUGCACUCGGAUUGUCGACAACGCCGCGCCGUUUCCAUGAAUUGCCAAGCGACGGUGGAGAAUUCUGUUGUGUCUGGCAACAGAAUGUUGGUGGUCGUCCCGCCGCACCCUUUAAUUAAGCACUGGAUUUCAGUUCUUCGGAAUGAGCAGACGCCUUGCCCCGUAUUCAAGAAUGCUAUGGCUGAGCUUGGGAGAUUGCUGAUAUAUGAGGCAUCAAGGGAGUGGCUUCCAACUAUCAGCGGAGAGAUCCCGUCGCCAAUGGGUGUUACAACAGUGGAAUUUAUUGAUCCAAGGGAACCCAUUGCAAUUGUGCCCAUAUUGAGAGCUGGCCUGGCUUUGGCAGAGCAUGCACCAUCAGUUUUGCCAGCGAUGAAUACAUAUCAUUUAGGUAUCGGCCGAAAUGAAGAAACACUUCAGCCAUCUGUAUAUUUGAACAAGCUGCCAGAUAAAUUUCCUGAAGGCUCUCGAGUAUUCGUGGUAGAUCCCAUGCUUGCGACAGGUGGUACCGUGGUUGCAGCUAUACAAUUGAUAAAGGAUCGAGGCGUUGACAACAAGCAAAUAAAAGUGAUAGCUGCCGUCGCUGCUCCUCCUGCCCUUCAGAAAUUAAGCGAGAAGUUCCCUGGGCUUCAUGUGUAUGCUGGAAUCCUCGACCCAACUGUUAACGAGAAAGGGUUCAUAAUUCCCGGACUUGGAGAUGCUGGCGAUCGUAGCUUUGGCACAUAAAUAUGGCAAACUUCAUUACCCCCAAUUUUGUUACGAUUAUAAGACAAGGUAAUUCAAAUCAAGCCCACUGGUGAUGAGGGCACUUCUUUCAUUCUCUACCAUUACAAAUAUCAUUUUGUUCUAUGUAUCAGUUUUGUAUCUGGCUUCAAUUUCUUAACAUUAUAUUAGUUUUAUAUUUUGGUAUUAUUUUUAA